AUGGCGUCUCCUGAUCAAUUCCAGACUUUCGCUUCGAAACCCCGCGUUUUCAUACUCAGCGACAUCUCCAACGAACCUGACGAUGCCGAAUCGUUGGUGCGGUACCUUCUGUAUUCCAACCAGUUUCAGACAGAAGGAUUGGUCGCGUGUACAUCAACAUGGAUGAAGAACAAGGUCUGCCCUCAAGAUAUGCACAAGAUAGUGGAUGGCUAUGAGAAAGUGGUCGACAAGCUUAACGCCCAUUCGAACCCGAAAGAUCCAUAUCCUUCUGCUCAGUCUUUGAAGUCCCUUAUCAAGAAGGGAGCAGAGUCUUAUGGCAUGACAGCCGUGGGCAACGACAUCCCCCUCAGCGAAGGCGGCGAGCUUCUCCUAGAGCGCAUUCUUGCACCGAUCAAUGAACCACUCUGGAUUCUAUGCUGGGGCGGAACAAACGUACUCGCCUCGGUUCUUCUCAAAAUCCAAAACACCCAUUCCGCCGCCGAUGCUCUAAAGCUGCGUUCCAAGCUACGUGUUUACACAAUUUCCGAUCAAGAUGACACGGGCGCCUGGAUUAGAAACAACUACCCCGACUUGUUCUACAUCUGCUCUGUCCACGGCUGGAACCAGUACGGCAUGGCGGCAUGGUGCGGAAUCUCCGGUGAAGGAUGGUACGGCUUUGACAAGGGUGGCCCGGACGCAAGCAAGAUCAGCAAGGCCUGGAUCAAAGAAAAUAUCCAAAUUGGGCCAUUGGGCUCCACAUACCCCGACUACAUGUUCAUUCCCGAGGGCGAUACUCCGACUUUCUUGUAUAUUAUCCAGAACGGACUGGGUGUACCUGAGCGACCGCAGUAUGGGUCGUGGGGUGGCCGGUACAUCGCGACCGAUAUUAGCGGCAAGGGAACCGCGAACGGUCAUUUCAGCGAUACAGUUGAUGAGGUUAUCGGGUUAGAUGGCCAGAAACACAAGUCUAAUCAUGCGACCAUCUGGCGGUGGCGUGAUGCCUUCCAGACUGAUUUUGCGGCGCGGAUGCAGUGGUCGCUCUCGUCUGAUCUGAGCAAAGCUAAUCACCACCCUGUUGUUGUCUUGAAUGGUCAGAAGGGCUUAGAGCCUCUGUCCUUUGAGUUAGAGGCUGGCUCUACGUUUCAGCUUGAUGCCUCUGCUUCGUAUGAUCCGGACCCUAACGAUAAGCUUACCUUCAAGUGGUACCAGUAUCGGGACCCUAGUGCGACACAAUGGUCAGUCCAUCAUGAGGUUGGUCUCUUGGAGAUCAGGACUCUGAAUGAGGCUGGAAGCAUUGUGGAGGUUAAGAUCCCGCCUCCAGAUAAGUGUUGCGUUGAGCUUAUCAGUCGGGCGGCGGUGCCGAAGGGACAAGUGCUUCAUCUAGUCCUUGAGGUUCAAGACAAUGGGUCACCUAAUCUGAUCAGCUAUCGUCGUGUCAUCAUUCAAACCACCAACGAGAAAUUACUGGGUGGCGGAGGAGGCGCGGAGGCAAUUGGAGAUACUAUGCGCGAUGUGAUUCCAAGCCAUUGA